AUGGGCAAUACUACAUUUACAUUUAAAGAAAGAAAAGAAAAAAGCUCAAUCAAAGACCACCAAACAAAUGAUGCCAAUCAACCAUCCGUUGUCGAGCACACAACAAAAGAAGAACCGUCCACACUACAAAUCAUUUGGAAUCCGGCAUUUAACGAAUUUAAAUUUGGAGAGAACCCGCAAAGUGUCAAUUCCUAUCUUCCGAAAGGGUUCUCUAGCCCGAUUUGGGAGCAACUGCCACGAGCUGAUGAAUAUAAGCAAGAUGUGGUCAAAUAUUUUUGGUUAAAACUGAGCGAAUUUGGGGAUCAAAUUACAAAAUUUGUUCCACCGAAUAUGUCCAUAAAUGAAUCGAGCUAUGUCUGCUUUUUAUUUUUUGAUCAAAAAUUAUUUCGUAUUUCCAUUCGAUUAUUUCACGAUGGCAGGCACCAUAAUUAUGAUGAAAUAAUCGAAGCAUAUGCUAAAGCAGUGAAUACUCCGGUCAUCGCAACUGAAAAUGGAAAGGAAUUCUACUAUGAAGACAACAGAAUCAGCUAUUUCUCACAUUUUUCAACAGAUAAAAGUCACAGUCUCAUUGAAAUUAUUCGAAAAGAUCAGACAACAUCGGAUGAUGGCCAUCGCUAUUUUCGUUCGGCAACUGAUCACCAGUCACGUAAGCCAUCUGUUGAACCGUUGAUCUGA